AUGGGAGCGGAGGUGUGGCUGGUGGUGGCUGGACUGAUGAUGGCAGCUUGGAUGUACUCUCGCUGGCGCCAUAGCUACUGGUCCUCCCGUGGAGUACCAACUCCACCAUUUCUUCCAUUCCUCGGGCACAUGCACAAGCAGAUUUCAUUGUUCCAGUUUCGGUGGGAUUACAUAGAUGAGGUGUAUUACAAGAAUGGAGGUUCGAAGUAUUGUGGACUGUACGAACUGUUUCGUCCUGUUCUUAUGAUUGGUGACCCUGACCUUCUCAAAAACAUCUUCGUUAAAGAUUUUGAUCAUUUUGUUGAUCGUCGGCGGAUUCUGGCUGAAGAUGGGAGCAUUUUAAAUGAAAUGCUGAGUAACAAGACCGGAGACGAGUGGAAAACCCUUCGAGCCAUCCUGACUCCAACCUUUACCUCAGGCAAGAUGCGCUCAAUGUUCCCUAUCAUCUGUUCCAAGGCCGACGAUCUCGUCUAUUUCUCCCUCAAAGAGGCUGCUAUAAAACCUUUCAUUGACAUGAAUGCAAACUUCGGACGGUUCACUAUGGACACCAUUGCUUCCUGUGCUUUUGGUAUUGAAUGUAAUUCCUUCGAGAAAGAGGAAUCGGAAUUCGCCAAAAGGGCAGGAGAUUUCUUCGAAUUUUCAUUAUUAAAAGUAUUAAUAUUUACUCUUUUUAACAUGUAUCCGAGAGUUUGUAGUGCUCUGGGAAUCAAGAUGGAGUUAUCCCCUGUCAAAUUCUUCAGAAGUGUAGUGGAGGAGACCAUAGCAGCAAGGAAGUCUGGUCAGAGAAGAGGAGAUUACUUGGACCUUCUACUAGAUGCACGAGCUGGACAUGAAGAUAUCAGCGCUCCUUACUCAUUAACCUCAACACAUAGCCAGGACGCCACUGCCCGUGACUCUCCUACCGUAGAACACCACACAGUUAUCAAGGAAACCCCUUCCUCUACUGAUAAAGUUUCUUUAACCCAGUUGUUGACAGAUAAGAGCAUCGUAGCUCAGUGUGUGCUGUUCCUGAUUGCUGGAUACGAUACUACAGCCUCUACUCUGGCUUUUUCGUCCUUUCUUUUGGCCAAAUAUCCAAUACAUCAGCUGCAUCUCCGAGAGGAGGUGCAACAGAUGAUUGAGGAGCAUGGUGAUAUUACCUACCAGGGCAUCCUGGAAGCCAAGUUUCUUGACGCUUGUAUCAUGGAAACGUUGAGACUGUACCCACCGGGGACCUUUGGGGAGCGUCUGUGUACUAAAAUUACAAAAAAUAACCAUCAAAUUAAAUUUUUAUUACAGUUCAGAGAAGUCUCGGGAAACCUGUUCUUCAAGACCCUCAACCUUUAUGUACGUGAGGAGACUGACGUCACCAGUCCUUGCUGCCAAAACUCUAAGAGGUCACCACAAGUCGUAGAUCAAGAAUUGUCUGCGCUACGCGAGUACACACCCUGUGGUGGUUGUGAUAAAUCUACGUCGGGGAGACCAGGCAGAGACCUUAAGGCACGCCUGCGGGAGCAUAAACAGGUUUGCAGGAGCAUAUACAUACCUGCAGGAGAGACAGAAACCAGCUACCUUCCUUCUCACAUGACGGACAGGGACAGAGAAUGGCGGAUACAGUGCCUGAACCACUGCACCAUAACCAGUGAACGAAACGCUGCGGGCGAAAGUACCAGACAAUAA